GGGCUCCUUCCUUUCGGCAGUAAUAGUUGCCCCCAUGGGGACCUUGCCUCCGUUGUUUCAAUGGCGGGGAUUGAUUUUAUCCCGACUGGUUGUGGCAAAGCGACGGGUCGCUGCGAUCCGAUUCAGCUCCGCGGAAGCCGCUGCGGUAUCCCUGGGAGAGCCGCAGGCUGCGGGCGGCGUGGCCCAGGCGAAGGGUAAAACAGAUGGUGAAACAGACACUGGGAAAAAGACAUUCAAUGAAAUUCUUGCAGAAAGACAAGAACAAGCACAGAGGACUGUGUUAAUAAACUGUCCACCCAGUUUCAAUGCCAAGGCUUUUUUCAAAUACUUAUCUCAUCAUGGAAACAUUAAGAAUCAUUUCUUCUAUAAAACUAAAGCUAUGUAUGCAGUCAUAGAAUUUUCUGAGACAGAAAGCAUAACUUCAUUGCACGAUGUCAUCACAAUUCCAGAGUUUAAAGACGAAUACCCUGUUCCAUUUAAAUCUAGAAUCCUUACCUCGAUGUUGAAAAAACAGUCAGACCUUGUUUCUGAACACAACCCAAUUCACUGUCAUAGACAAACCUCUAUUCCGGUUGAAAAGCUUGUGAAGAAACUUUGUGAUGCUGACACCGUGAGCGACCAGUUGUGCCUGCUCACAAAAGAAUGCCAGUUGACCGAAGAAAAUACCAAGCUCCGUUUUUUAGCCUGUUCCUUAAUUCAAGACAUUGCAAGGGCUUAUUUUCCGGACUGUAUCGUGAAGCCUUUUGGUUCUUCUGUGAAUACCUUUGGCAAACUGGGAUGUGACUUAGACAUGUUCCUGGAGCUGAAUAGAAUUGGGAAAAAUACUAUCAGAAAGAAAACAAGCCCCUUUAACAUAAUUUACCACAUGAAGAAAGCUCCUUCUGAACGAAUAGCAGCACAAAGGAUCCUUAAUGUGAUUGGUGAAUUUCUUGAUAAUUUUGGCCCGGGGUGUGAGAAUGUCCAGAAGAUACUUAAUGCUCGUUGUCCAUUGGUGAGAUUUUCCCAUCAGCCCUCUGGGCUUCAGUGUGAUUUGACACUAAACAAUCGAAUUGCCUUGAAAAGUUCAGAACUCCUUUAUGUCUAUGGCUGCCUUGACCCACGUGUGAGAGCUCUUGCGUUCAGUGUACGAUACUGGGCAUGGACUCAUGGGCUUACAAGUAGCAUUCCUGGCGCUUGGAUUACCAAUUUCUCUCUAACCAUGAUGGUCUUGUUUUUUCUGCAACAAAGGCGGCCUCCCAUUGUUCCCACCUUGGAUCAACUGAAGAAACUGGCUGAUGCAGAAGACAAGGAAAUAAUUGAAGGGUUUGACUGUACUUUUGUUAGUAACCUGAAUAAAAUUACUCCAACAAGCAACACAGAAACAUUAGAUGUGCUCCUCGGAGAUUUCUUUGAAUUCUAUGGGAAUUUUGCUUUCAAUAAGAAUUCACUAAACAUCCGAAAGGGGAAAGAGCAGAACAAGCCAGAGGCCUCUGCCCUCCAUAUACAGAACCCCUUUGAAGAGAGCCUUAACAUCAGCAAGAAUGUAAACGCUGCACAGCUUCAGCGAUUUGUUAGCCUGGCCAGGGACGGUGCCUGGGUUUUGCAGCAGGUGGACAAACGUCCUUCGGACAACUCUAAGCCUUGGGGCUUGGCUGCCCUUCUUCAAGCAUCAGAAACAGGAAGCGUCAGCAAGGGCUUCAAACGGCUGGGUGUGCUGAACAGCGACAGAGUGAAAGAGUUGCUGAAUUCCUUAAAGAUAUAGGGCAGUGCCAAGAAAAGACGGAGAUACGGCAGCUGCUGCAGGUCCCUCCGGAUUCACUGAGUGGCUCGAGUUUCUCUUGAGGAGCUCGACGUCUCCCUGGUCUGAAAUGGCGGAGGAGUGCUGCUGUGGGACUGGCCAGGGUGUCUGUCUUGUUGGGCCCUCUGGGGAAUCCUUCACUCACCUUUUACAGAUCACAUCUGAUGCAGAGCAGAGCAGGGAAGGGAAAACGAAUGCUGGACAUAGGACAAGCGAUUCUAGGGGAACCUGAAUUGGUUAAGAAGAAACCACUUAAAAGCGUCCUCAUGGAAAAUCAUUGAUUCAGCAACAUACUGAUGCGUGGCAACCAUUUUUACUGAAGUACUUGCAUUUAUUUCUGCCAACUGUUUUUCGUACCUUUAACGGAGAAAUAAAAUAAGCAAAGCAGA